AUGUCAGACGAGGGAAACACAGCGCUUGCAGCUCUAAGCGCCCUCUUGGGCUACGUUGGCGCAGAGGCGGCCACGGUAAGCCCAUUCGAACACCUCCUCUGGCCGAAUCGCUACCUGUGCAACUUGUCCGUCUCGUCGGUAUUUGCGAUAGUGGUAUUGACGCCCAUGGGUGGACCGAUGCAUAAGGCUGCCCUUGAGAUUCUCGACACUCUCUAUACCCACGGGCUCUUCCAAGGUCAGCAUCGCGGCCAUAUGCUAGGGACGGCGUUUUUCAAGGACAUUGGCUGGACACAUACCUUGUGUAGCCCCGGACAGGAACCUCGGACGAAGCCGUCUCGCAACUGCUUAUGGGCCAUGGCCCUCGCUCUGUUACACGUUCCAGACUUGAAGCAGAACAGCCAGGACGGCCAAGAGUCACCCGCUGAGAGGCAAGAGAAGGGAAUGGCGCUCAAGAACACAUCCAUUAGGGCCUGGACGUCUGUCCACCACUUGACCUUUUCCCCGGCAACGAUAAAAGACAAGAAUUCCAGUCUUCCAUUUGUCAGGGAAGAUGCAAAGACGCCCAAUGUUUCCGUAUUUGCAGCGAUUAUUCUUGGAGAGCUCACAGCCAUCGUCACCGCCGUCGUCCUCAUCGCCGUCGCGAGGACUCCAUGGGCUGCGUUGUGGCUUGCGCCGCUGGCACUGAGACUCCUGAGCGCUGUAUUCACCCUCCAUCGCGAGCCGCUGAUACCCGUCACGGAAUCAAUGGCCAAGGAUGAGAAUGAUGUUUUCGAGAUUAACUGUCCUCAGUCGAGCGGCAGCUUCAUGAUAUUCACAGGUCCCCCAGCCAUUGUGUCGCAAUUCAUGAGACACUACGGCCAUCCCGUGCGACAUCGCGCCCGAGAGAUAUUUCAGCUGGUCAUUGUCGUUUUGUUGGGUGGCAUGUUCCCCCUGGGCUUGACUCUCUCAACCCUCCUAAUGUCCCGAAACUUGCAGUACGUCUGGAUCGGGUACCAGAUCUACCUGGUCGCGGUCCUGCAUCUCGCCAGGUACUCGCAGUUGGUCAAGAGCGUCUCGACACAUGCUGCCAUUGCCGAUGCGUUUGACAGCCGAGGAGGCGACCUGUCCAAGGGGCAGUCCAUCUUAUUUGGACAGGCGCGACAUGGUCCCGAGACAAUCCGGGUCGACCUAGUCGUCACUUAUCACCAGAGGUAUCAAGAAGGAAAGGAAGCGGCAGAAAGGCUUCUGGGUAGACGUUUAGAUUUGACGGACGAUGAUUCGUCGCAAGACGGCAACGCCGCCACGACGGAACAGGAGACGUCGUUAGACAUGGCAAGCACGGACGUGUCAGAGACCAAUCAUGAGUAA